AUGCCUCCCUCCACGAUCACCUCCAGGAUCCCAGAAGACACCAACGAGCAAUGGGAGGACGACGAGAUCCACAAGCAGUACAACGUCCCCAUGGUAGCCGUGAAAGCCCACCCCCGAGUCCUCAUGCACUGCGAGGUGAGUCGCGACACCGCAUCAGCUCUCAAGAUCGGAGUGAGUAUCGACAAGUGGAUCAGCACAGAGUAUUUCAUCUGGGAGAUGGCCGCCGGCCUAGCUGACAGCAGGAUCAACCCACACUGGACCCAGUUCUUCGACGAACACUACAAGGGAAAAUGGGAGCACAUCCAGCACCUGUACGACGGCGUCGUCGAUCUGCCAGAGAGAUUCAUUCACCCUGUGCCGGCCCCGCCCUUCCACGUUGCAGAGGUGAGGAUCCAGACCGAGCCUGUCCCGCGGUAUUGGCGACUCCGUGCGAACACCGGUAGGCCCAUGAUUGAGACUGGUUUCUGGGACCUCUGGAAGUAUAUCCUCAGGUGUGAUGCUUCUGUGGUUGGUCCUGUCGAGGUUAUUCUUAGGGCACCGUCGCGCACUCCUGAUGGGGAGGAUGCUGUUGAUCCUUGGAAUAUGGCUUCAUUUACUGAUCAGCUAGAGGGUGGUACCCGUUUGAAUGUCGCUGAGCUUGGCUGGGCGCACGAUUUUGCCGAGCCUGCUCCUUUGGAGCCCUUGCGCAAUCCGGGCCACGAGGAGAGCUCUUCGUCUAGCGGUAGUCCAUCAAGCUCUCUUGCCGCGCUUCGGACAGUGCCGCAUCGUGUGCGACGGCGUCUGUCCCGUUCCAACAGCAAGGAUAAAUUUGUCCGGUAG